AUGAACAACACUUUCUACACCACCGGGCCCCAAGAACGAAAUGGCCCUCCCCCUCCUUACACCGAUAUUGGUCUCCAAGUCAACCUAUUCUUCAGGGUUUUUCUGGGACUCCUCGGGAUCUUGAUUCCUCUCGUUCCUGCAAAGCUAUUAUGGACUAACGGCGAAUUCGGGGCCACGGUCCAUUGCUUGUCAACAGUCGCGCUCAACUUCUUUUACGUCGUCAACUCGCUCAUAUGGCGAGACAACAAUGUCAAGAAGUGGUAUGCCGGCUAUGGGUGGUGCGACUUCCAUACUUACAUCUUCUUCGCCGUUGAAACCAUCUCUCACACCACUCUCUUCGAUAUCAUGCUCGGUCUUGCCAACAAGAUCGGUAACCCGCGAGUGACCAGCCUUAGUCCCAAGGAAAAGAAACGCAAAGAUCGAAUCUCGGCCCUUAUCAUCUUCGGCAAUCCGGUCGUACAAGUCUUGCUCACUUACUUCGUCAUUCUUCAACGAUACAAUGUGUCAACUCUUGCCGGCUGCAAUCCAGUUUUCGACCCCAAUGGCGUCUUCUUGGUUUUCUUCAUCCUCCCAUCUCCAAUCUUCACGGUUGGUGCGGCAGGCUUGGCAGGAGUUUGUUUUUACAAGUACCGGCAGUUGGAGAAACUCACACGCGAAGCCAUCCCGAGUAAUGACAGUAUACGAACCGCGAGACAAAAACGCCUUAGGAGAAAGCUCUACUUUCUCACCCUCUCUAUCCUCGUGUUGGUUGUACCGCUGGUUUGUGUCUUCUUCGCCUUCAAUAUCGCUCAGGGUUGGCCGUGGUCGCUGCCGUUCGACCUCGAUCGCAUUCACGCCCACAUCAACUUUGUCUCGUUCACAACGACAGAAAAAAUGCAAGUCACCGAGGUCCUUACCAAUUACAUUCCAGUGGUGAACGCGGUAGCCAUUUGCAUCACCUUCGGCACAACUGUUGAGGCAUACAAUCAGUACCGUUUGGUUCUAGUUUUCCUUGGUUUUGGAAAGAUAUGGCCCAAGCUGUAUCAAGAAUACGACCCCGACGACUCUGAACCACCUUCUGAGCUUAGCACCCAAACAAGCUCGAAAUCAUGGUGGUCAUCUAUGACAAAGAACAGCAAACGUGGUACAGUGGCAAGCGUACACGAUACCUCUAUUCUCCCUAUUACCGAGAACAUCCCUCUCACGACCCGGUUAAACCCUGCGCCGACAGGGGGUGAAAGCUCCCAUACCAAUCCAUCUUCCCCAUACGACGAGCUCAGAAAGGAAUUCCCAGACUUGUGGCCUCCCCAGUCCUCACCCCCAGCGCAACUCAACAACAACAACCCCUGGCCUGAUCUGUCGGACGAUCUGACUCCUCCAGCGCGCAACCCAUGGUAUCUUCGACCGAAUGCCUUCCAUGUCCCAAUCAAACUACCAAUGCCACUAUCGCCCAUCUACAUACCCUCCUUGCACGCGGACCAAGACAAUAAGACCGAAGGAAAGCAGAAACGAGCGAGUUUCAACAGGCUUUCUGCAGGCUACACCGCGCUCAGCGGCUCGUCCACACCACACUUGCCACCUUCGAAUUCACCCAACUGCCCUCUUCCCCCACUUCCAACACCUACAGGGGUAUCCUCAAGACAUCCACCACAGGAGGAACGACACCGGUCAUCGAGAAAGAAACAAAAAAAGAAAGAAUCCGAUACCCAAGAUAGCACAGCCAAUGGUGGUGUGUCAACAGUACCACCACUAAAGUCAGCAGCACCAUGGAGUCCCUUUGCUUCCGACCACAAGAACACCACUCUAGGAGUCGACACACGCGUGUGGUCUUCCCAGAAGGAGAAAAACAACAAAGAGGACCAUUACCCUGGUGCUCACACACAAGACUCUGCAGUCAUACACCAAACCAUUUCCCACUCUUCUCGCUCAACAGGACCUCAGCUUUCGCCGCCGCCACCAUAUAGCGUCGCUAUGGGCGAAGCUUCCUUUGCUUCCACCACUUCCCACAGUCAGCCUGAACAACAACAAAUUGGGACGGCGUUGGGACACCCGCUGGGACACGCACCACCACGUGGCAGGGUGAUGGUGAGAGUUGAGACGGAGAUAGAGAGCUCGAGUGAGGUUAUUGAUAGGCGUGAACGCGAUGAUAGCGAUCAGCUCGGUGAAAAGGCGUAG